CUUCUUCACCUGCCCUUGCUUCGAUCAAAGAAGAAGAGAUGCCACAGUCUAAUCAGGUACGAAACCUGAGGCGAAAUGGACGGGCCAUGCCACGCCGACAGAAGCGCCGUUGGCCGCCACAGCGAGCUGCAAGGAACCAGGUGCAGUCUCUAAGGGCUGGGGGCACAAUCCAGGAAGAGAACCCCCCCUUUGUGCUGGACUUACAGAACCUGCCAGGCUUAGCCAAUGUGGAUCUGAGUGCCCAGAAUCCAAAUAUUCAGGUGACCAUUGAGGUGGUCGAUGACCCUCAGGCUGAGAUGGAAAUGGACCUGCUCAAGGAAACUAGCAAUGACUGGUCUUUGACCUCUUCAGAGUGGUUGUCCCAUAAAGAUUUCUUCUGGCCACUUUUCUGGGAGUACACAGACCCUGUGGAGGAGGGUGAUGAUGAUGAUGAUGACAACUUGGACAUGAGAAGCAGGGGAGAAGAAGAGGAGGACGAGGACGACGAGGAGGAAGAUUACACUUCUGAGUAUGAUGAGGAAGAAACAGUGCUGAGUGGAGUGGGAGAUGACUGGGAUCAGAGGUGGCCCAAUCAGAAGAACUGGAUCUUCAAAGAGAAAUAUAAUUAUGACUAUGAGCAUGAGGAAGAAUGGAGUCCUUGGUCUCCCUGCAGUGUAACAUGUGGCAGUGGGAACCAGAAGAGAACCCGGUCUUGUGGCUAUGCGUGUACUGCCACGGAGUCCAGAACCUGUGAUCUACACCACUGUCCUGGAACAGAUGGGGAGCUGUCUCUCACUACUGAAGAGAUGCCGUAUGAAGCUGAGAAUGCCACAGGGAUCCUGAACGCAGAUGUGGACAGCUGUGAGAAAUGGCUCAACUGCAAGAGUGACUUCCUCAGCAAAUACCUGAGCAAAGUACUGUCGGAUCUGCCCAGCUGUCCUUGCUCCUACCCCCUGGAGGCGGUUUAUAGCGCCGUCAACCUGCGAGAUGAGCAGCAGGGCAAGAACUUCCGUUGGCGGGAUGCCAGUGGUCCCAAGGAACGGCUGGACAUCUACAAGCCUACCGCCCGUUUCUGCCUGCGCUCCAUGCUCUCAUUGGAUAGCACCACGCUGGCUGCACAACACUGCUGCUACGAUGAGAACACCAAGCUGAUCACGCGAGGCAAGGGGGCCGGGGCCCCCAACCUCAUCAGCACAGAGUUCUCCCCUGAGUUGCACUACAAGGUGGACAAGCUGCCCUGGAUUCUGUGCAAAGGUGACUGGAGCAGAUACCAUGCUGUACGGCCUCCCAACAAUGGGCAGCGGUGCACCGACAAUCCGCCUGAGGACGAAUACCUCUCUCAGUUACAGGAGGCCAAGGAGUAUUAGCACAACCAGGAAGGAGGCUCUGGAGGGCAGGAGGACAUGGUCUGUUGUCAUCUACACAACAUGCCAGAAAUUAUAAUGGAACUGUUUUCUCCUUCAAUUCUUCCAAGCCUGCUUUGGGUACGGCAAAGGCCUCUGGUUCAUAAUGGUUGCGGAGUCAUCCUUUGUGUUUCUGUCCUUUGUCAACAAGUUAGUCUGUAAGCACAGGCCUAAGUGCAGACUCUCAGGGGGCUCUGUUUUCUCUGCAGAGGCCUUCAUUUUCAUUCCUAGCAUCCUAACCCUCCAGCCUUUGCCAUAUUCUGUUUUGUCCAGUGGGAGGAUGCUUGCCGUAACCCGUAGAUCGUCCUGAGGCCUUCUAGGCAAGGAUGAAUCAAAAGAACUGGUGGGCCCAGCCUAUAAAGGCCUGUCUGAAAAGUCCUCCCUUAGCUCAUUUUAUACAGCAGUCACUCUGUUUCUGCCACACACAAGGCAGAGAAGCAUUAUUAAGGGGUAGAGUUUAUAGUUUUGCAUAGUGCCUAAAGUGGACUGUGUGUUCUGUACCUUUAGAUAAAAGGGUAAAUGUAUUAAGAUGCAUCGAGAAAGGUAAGCCUCUUGGUACGGUUCCAGAGAGGAGAGAGGGAGAUAUCUUCCACAGCAUUAAAUUCCACACUGUUUGGGCGAAACAUGGUAUGUGAAUGGGGGAGCUGGAAAUCAAGUCUUGGGGUAUAUCUGAAAGCAAAUCCACUGAAGUGAGUAGGUGGGUGAUGAAACUAGCUGCUUCCCAAAGCUGAUCCAAUAAGACAAAAUGGAUUUAAUUUCUACCCAGAAGGUCAAGUAAGAAAAUAACAAGUAUUUACAUCUGUUUUCUUCGUUGUUUUCCAGAGACUUGGCAGAAAAGCACACAGCAGGUAUAUUUUUAGGAGUGCAGGUUUACAAGAGUCUGUGGUUUUAUUGGUUAAGCACAAUCGCUAGUGUCUCCAGGUAGGCCUGAAAAAAUCCAGUAUGACUGGAUGUACCAAGGUCUGAUUGAGCAUCAGGGUGAAACUGCACAGCAAGGGAAAUGGAAAUUCCCUCACAUUCACACACGCUUGCUGUGAAUUCACAUUGGGGGAUUCAGGUCUCUUCAGUUUAAGUGGCCACAGACAGAGAGGAGAAAAGCCUUGUUUCCUGCUUGUUUGUAGCUCUGUGAAGCCCUUAGGGGGCACUUUUCAAAGGAACUAUCUUAACAAGUUGCAACAAGGGUUACUUCCUUUGAUUACCUCAUCUCAUUUGUUUUUCUUUAAAAAAAAAUGUUUGCCCACAGAGAGAACUUCUGUUCUUAAGCGAAGAAGAAGAGGAGCAGGAGGAAGAGUCUUGCCUAUGGAAAGAGGCUUUGCCAGAGAGAGUAUGUGCUGGAGCAAUGGUUUUCCUGCUCUCUCGCUCUCUCUCUCCAUGGCUCAUCCUCCCUCAUGAAGCUAGGGGGGAGAUGCUUCAAGCAGCAAACCACCACUUUGUGUAUAUGUGCUCAUAACUCAUCCUCCCUUUUUGUUCCUUGGUUGAAGCGAUCACAUGCCUGAACUGAUGCAAAUGGAUCUGGUUUUGUUCGUUCGUUUGUUUGUUUUUCCAAUGUAGGAGCCUCAGUGGCUAAGAAAAAAAAGACGAUGGAUUUGGAAGGGAGCACUCUGGCCUGAUUCACCUUACCCUGUGUGUCAUAUGGUCAACAGAAAAAAUGCAAAUCAGCUCACUCCAAACUCAUAGUAUUUCCUGCAUUUUUUUUAUCAAUGUGCUCACCCUCUCAGGCAACUUGCCAUGCUCCUGUCCUGGGGAAAUGACCAUGGUGAGUAACUUUGAUCAUCAGAGUUAGCCAUCAAGGGGAAAAGCAAAGGCCAGUUGCUCCAUUUGAAGCCAUUUCCCUCUCUUAUGCCAGCAGUGACCCACAUAUGGCAUGCAGACCCUGGAGAUAGCACCUUCUCCUGGUGCAAAAGUUUUCUAGUUAAAAACAAACAAACAAACAUGAUCCUAAGACCCCAGUUCACCUUUGAAAUAAGGUAUAUGAUUGAAACACGUCUUGUUUCUUUCAAAUAUAGUAUCUUUUUUAAAAAGCUGGAAAUGGAUUUCUGGCCAUUGCCAUUUUCGUUGGAAGGGUUGUUGCAGCCCACAAUGAUUACGGCAGGUAGGAGACCACCACCAACAUAUGUGGAGUGACUUUCCUCUAGUAGCGGUGCUGUAGAUGGUUCUUGCCCCUCCCCAGCCCUAAAACAGUAUGGAAAUUCACUCUGCCUUUAAGGCCUCCAUUGGUGCAGGGAGAGAACCACCUGCAUUUGGAUUUAUUGCAGAGUUGUUUGGUCUCUCCGCUGAUGAGGGAAAGACCCUUUUUUCCUAAUGUCAUGCUUUUGAUUUUUAACUUGUUGAAAGGUUGAUUAUUAGUACAUUGGGUGAGAAUUGAGUUGGGUGUGACAGGUAAACAUGAGAACUGUUGUGACGGUGGAGAUUAAUUAAAA